ACUAAAGAUGUCGUAAUUUCCGGUAUCAACUCUUCCUUUGUCUUUACCCCCAGGUUUCGGUCUGCCGCCUGGUUAUUUAUUUAUUUCCUUGUCGUUUUGUGGAUAUAUUUUUAUAUAUCCAUCAUUUUCUUCGGUGGUUGAAUGACAGUCAGCUCUGACACAUAUAUGCCUAAAAGCAAAACGCCAAAAAUGGAUGACCUGGACUACAUCCCAGCAGACCUCAGCCCUGAGGAGCGCUCGGAGCUGGAGGAGAUCCGACGCAGGAAGGGAGCGCUGCUGCAGGAGAUCCAGAGGCUCCGAGAGGAGCUGAGGGAGGCCAUCAUUGAGGUGGAGGGCCUGGAGGCCAGUACGGAGGGCAGUAAAACACUACAGAAGAGUCGGCAUGUGGCUAUGGGUCGGAAGAAGUUCAACAUGGACCCUAAGAAAGGCAUUGUGUUCCUCGUGGAGAAUGAGCUGCUAAGACACACAUCAGAAGACGUAUCUCAGUUCCUGUACAAAGGCGAAGGCUUAAACAAAACUGCCAUUGGGGACUAUCUGGGUGAAAGAGAUGAAUUCAACCUUAAAGUCCUGCAGGCAUUCGUUGACCUCCAUGAGUUCACUGAUCUCAACCUGGUUCAGGCUCUGAGACAGUUCCUGUGGAGUUUCCGGUUGCCGGGCGAGGCUCAGAAGAUUGACAGAAUGAUGGAAGCUUUUGCUCAGAGAUACUGUCACUGCAACCCAGGAGUGUUCCAAAGCACAGACACCACCUACGUCCUCUCGUUCUCCAUCAUCAUGCUGAACACCAGCCUGCACAACCCCAACGUGCGGGACAAGCCCAGCGUGGAGCGCUUCAUCACCAUGAACCGCGGCAUUAACGAAGGGGGAGACCUGCCCGAGGAUCUGCUCCGGAACCUCUACGAGAGCAUCAAGAACGAGCCCUUCAAGAUCCCGGAGGAUGACGGGAACGAUCUCACACACACCUUCUUCAACCCCGACAGAGAGGGCUGGCUCCUCAAACUGGGUGGACGAGUGAAGACCUGGAAGAGACGAUGGUUCAUCCUGACCGAUAACUGCCUCUAUUACUUUGAGUACACAACGGAUAAGGAACCCAGAGGCAUCAUCCCCCUUGAGAACCUGAGUAUUCGGGAGGUGGAGGACCCUAGGAAACCUAACUGUUUUGAGCUGUACAUCCCCAACAAUCGGGGGCAGCUGAUAAAGGCGUGUAAGACGGAGGCCGACGGACGAGUGGUGGAGGGGAAUCACAAUGUCUACCGAAUCUCCGCCCCCACGCCAGAGGAGAAGGACGAGUGGAUUCACGCCAUCAACUCUGCGGUGAGUGUGGACCCUUUCUAUGAGAUGCUGGCGGCCAGGAAGAAGCGCAUCUCCUUAAAGAAAAAAGAGGAGCAGCCUUAGAGCCCCCCCCCACCCCUCCUCCUCCUCCAUCCCAUUCCAGCACGCUCUGAAAGACUCCAUUCCAUCCGUCGGCUCCGCCCAUGUCACCCUGAGGACUUCUCCUUCCUGUUGGUCAAGCAUGGAGAGUGUGGAGGGAGCCGGGGCAGGGGGGCAGAACCGGGCUUACCCAGGAAUAUCAGACCCACUCCUCUUUCUGAACACCGGUCCUAUUUCAGCCUCCACACACCCUACCCAGACAGCAGCGGACUCUGAACCGGGGGGGGGUUUGGCCCUGAUUUGGGCCGGGUCCGUUUCAUGUUCCUCUGCUGUUUGUGUGGGGAACUGUCUGUUACCAUAUCCACCACCUCUACUUCUAUAUCUCUAACGAUUGCUGCUGGGACUCCGACUCCUUUCUCCUGCUAAUUCAGCAUUGACCUAUACACACUACAGUCUUAUACAACCUAUACCCUCACACACUAUACUUCACCAGAUCAUGUAUUCUACCGCUCUACAUGCACCGUUUUCAUAAGCUACUCACAUGGCAUCUCCUCCAAUCACUAUUUUACAUGGCCUAAACACUAAUGUCUCCUUUUUACUGCAUAGUACUGUCUAUUUACACUUCCAUCACACUAUCAUCAUUUCCUAAUUAAUCUGACUGCUGUAACUUUCUUUGCUUGUCUUAAGCCUACUAUGUCUCUCCUGGCAUGAUUGGUGAUCUGUUAGCUUUACGGUUGUAGCAGGCGGAUCAGGAGACACCAGAAGGGCGUUGCGGGUGCUGGACUCCGUUUGGAUGUAGUCAUCGACUGUAAAUUCGGCGCGGGGGAGAACAGUAGUCAAAAUACCUCCCCCAGUGAGGCCAGAAUUUAAUUUGGGAGUCUCAGACAAAUAUAUCUGAAGGGGGUUUUUGGUUGGCAUCUCGGCUGCAAUUGGUAACUUGUUUCCAUUGUAGCUCAGAAUAGAGCGAGGGGGAGGGAAUGUGUGCUGCCAAAAACAUCUUAGUCUGCGAAGGAUCAAAAGGCAUUCCAGUGACCUCACUUCCUGUUUGAAAUAACAGGAAAUCAGCAGCGGUGGGGUGCGAUAGCGAUACGAUGACAACUCUUUGAAUAGACAUUUUUCCGUGAGUGUGGCGGGCAGCAAAACAAAAGGAGGCACCCAGUGCCACCCCCCCCCCCCUCUUCCCUCGGCAAUACCAACCGAAAACAGAACACAAACAGAUUGCAGAACACAGGCCUGUUUAGUCAUGGUCCAGUUUUGGGAAAUCCAGGGUGGAACUCGGUUAACCCUGAACCAAGAGUGUUGUACCCCAGUACAAAACCCAAACUGUUCCUGACUCUUCCUCCGGUCCUGUGUCUGUCUGUCUGUCUGUCUCUUCCUCCGGUCCCGCUGUCUGUCCGCCUGUCUGUCUCCGAGACUGAAGCGGACCCAGGCUGGACCAGGGACAGAUGGAGUCUAGACCGCUUCUCUCCUGGCACCUGGUUCUCCUGCUAAACCUCCACACAUUUAAGUUGAACCCUUAAAAGCCCGUCCAGACAAUACAUUGCGGGCUAGAAGACGUAUCAGUGGCAGCUUCGAUAUUUUUGUUUUGUUGACCUUUUGUUGUAUAUACACCUUUUAGAAUGUUUUAUUUACAUCAUAGAGAGGUUUAAUUUAUUGUUUUAUUUUUUAUUGUUUUUAUAUUUAUAUAUAAAAUGAGUUAGGGAUGCAUGUUGAAGUAAAUCAAAGCAUCUUCCAUAGGGACAAGUUAUGUGUGUUAGUAAUGGGUAUGUGUAGAAGAAGCAUUAGUGAUCCGUGUUUAAGGCCUUCACAGCAAAGAUGAAAAAAUUGGCCUUGAGUUUUAAAGCUCAUUUGUAGUUUAAAAGUUAAAAGAUUUCACUUAACUUAAAAAAUGAAUGGGGAGAAUAGCCCUCAUUGAUUUUUACUAACAUUUAUGUGUAGAAGAGCUCUUAUAAAAUGCUAAACACGGAACACUAAUGGAUGUCUUUACUUAUGAAACAAUAAUCAGUAACAUGAAAUAAUGACAAUAACAGUAAUCAUGCCUACAUAAAAGGACCCAGUCAUACAGUUUUGCUUGACAAAAUAUCUCCCCUUGAGUAUGACUAUUUUCAUUAGUGUUAUGUAUUUGGAAUUUAAUUUAGAUGGAUUGGGACUUAAGAGUUAUGUUUACUGCACUUUAUGAGUUGUUACAUUCUGUUAGUAGAGGAUGAGCUCGUUAGCUUAAAGUGUUUACAGGCAUUGAAAUGCUGUCUGUAAAAUAGAUGACUAGUGAGUCCUGCCUCUGGCUCCCUCUGCUGGGCUCUGAGUGGUACUGCAGGGCUUCGUUGGGGUCUGUUCCAUCACAGCUCUGCCAGCAUCAGCCAGCUCAGGGCCACACGUCUACUAAAAUAAUGUGGGUCUUAAACAUGACGUUUGCACCAAGUCUAUAAGCUGUUGAGUCAAAUUCAACUAAUAUCCUCUGAUGCAUUUGGUAAUAUUUGGAUCUUGGGACCACAGGUGCUGACAGCAUGGCAUGAGGUGACUCAUGGAGUGUUUGUCCUGUGCAUUACACAUUUAGUGUUGAGUGGGGCUCAGGCCCUCACUAUCAGCUGACCGGUACGACACACGGAUAACUUGACCUGGGUAUUCUUGAUGUGCAAAGUUGCCAAAAUAAGGAAACCUACAGAGCUGGCCAGCAGUUCCGUGGAAUAAUGUGAAAACGCAAAAGCAAAAGGAUUGUCCUCCAACCCUCCUCCCCCGUCAGAUCUCUCCUUUUGAAGGUCUGUUUUUUUUGUUUUGUUUUACUUUACUCUAGAGAGGUUAAUGGUAGGUAAAAAAAAUGCUUAAAUGAUGUAGCAAAGUCUAGGUACACUGGUGCCAGUAAGUUAUUACAAAACAAUAAAACCUGAAGUGAAAUGCC